UCGCGCCUAUCGAUCUCCCGGCGGCGCGAGCGCCCCGUCGCCGGCGUCGCAGCCGCAGGCCUCCUCCUGUGUUCCGCCGUUGCCGGCGGCGGCGGCUCCUUCCUACUGCUGCUCCUUACGGGCCGCGGGGGCAGCAGCGGGGGGCGCAAUAUGGCGGCCGAGGAGAACGCCGCCACCAAGGUGGACCACCCGGCCGAGACGGUCGAGUCGCUGACGAGGGAGAUCGAGCAGCUCAAGGCGAGGCUCGAGGAAGAGCGCAAGAAGAUCAACGACGUCAGUGUAACCUCGUUGGCCGGCAAAGUGGAGCCCAUCAAGGAUCUGAACAUCAAGCUGCGCAGGGUGCUCAAGGGCCACCAGGGAAAAGUACUCUGCUCCGACUGGUCGCAGGACAAGCGACACAUCGUCAGCUCGUCCCAGGAUGGCAAGAUGAUCAUAUGGGACGCCUUCACUACGAACAAGGAGCACGCUGUGACGAUGCCAACAACCUGGGUUAUGGCCUGCGCGUAUGCGCCGUCGGGGAACAUGGUCGCCUGUGGUGGGUUGGACAACAAGGUGACCGUGUACCCGCUCAGCUUCGAGGAGGAAGUAUCCGCCAAGAAGAAAGCAGUCGGGACGCACACCAGCUACAUGUCCUGCUGCCUCUUCCCAAACUCGGACCAACAGAUCCUGACGGGCAGCGGGGACAGUACGUGCGCGUUGUGGGACGUGGAGUGUUCGCAACUGCUCCAGAGUUUCCACGGCCAUUCCGCCGACGUCAUGGCACUCGACCUGUCGCCUACAGAGAUGGGCAACACUUUCGUCUCCGCAGGCUGUGACAGGCAAGCGCUCGUGUGGGACAUGCGGUCAGGACAGUGCGUGCAGUCCUUCCAGGGGCACGAAUCGGAUAUAAACACCGUCAAGUUCUACCCGAGUGGAGAUGCCAUCGCCACCGGCUCGGAUGACGCCACCUGUCGUCUCUAUGAUUUACGUGCUGACAGGGAAGUAGCCGUUUAUUCCAAGCAGAGUAUCAUCUUCGGCGUCAACUCAGUGGACUUCUCAGUGAGCGGUCGCUUACUCUUCGGCGGCUACAACGACUACACGGUCAAUGUGUGGGAUACACUCAAGUGCGUGCGACUCAGCAUCCUCUACGGUCACGAGAACCGCGUCACCUGCCUCAAGGUGUCGCCCGACGGAACCGCGCUCUCCACCGGCAGCUGGGACUUCACGCUCAGGGUAUGGGCCUAAGUAGACGAACGGAUACGAGAACAUCUCGACCUCAAAUGCAGCCGGGCGCCCUCGACGGCCUCCACUGGCGCCGCAAAUGAUUGUCCGCGCCGAGAAUACGGCGCCUCCCGCAGCUGAAUGGACCGACGCAGCACCGAGGAAGAGGAAACAGGAGACCCAGGGACUUCCUCAAAUUUGCUUCGUGACAUUUCAAAUUGGUAACGAUGCCGCGCGAUGAAAAAAAAACAUACGGGGAGAUUACGACUUUGGAGCUGGGACUCGCGGGUUCAAGGAAACAGGGCUGGACCGACCGCGUACGCGACAGUGGCUCCCUCUCGCCCCGUUCAUGAUUCCGUAAAGGUCCGUAUGACGCGCCAUCUUUUGUUCACUGCCGCCUACAGGGAAUCUUUGUGUAGACGUCUUUCUUCUGCUUCUUCUGCGACUUUCUGCGCGGCGGAGCGCCAACAUUUUUUUUUUUUCAUGGCUGAGAACAAGAGGCUUGCUGACAGGCGAUAAAUCUGCUCCGCGAAACGGCUGCAUACCGGAGUUGCCCAGUCACCACUCUAAACGCUACCCUGACCGAAGCGGAGUUGGUGUCGAGGGUGCGCCUCUUUUUUUAUCCCACUGUCCAUUUCAAUUUGCAUCACUAUCAGCCGUGACUUAGUGCCGUCAUACUUUCGAAAGUACAGGACGACAAGGAGUCUAUUGUAAUGAGCAGGGACCGCAGUUCAGCACUCUUCCUUUCAUGUCGUGCUCGCACAGCAUUUAUAAACAUAACCAGGCAAAAAGAGUAGUUUUAUUCAACGCCACGCAAUCGAAAAAGUCCUUAUUGCAUGCUGCGAAAAACAGCUCUAAACCCAAAUUCGUUCGGCACAUUCACUUCACGGACAAAGCCUUGCAGCUGUAGCCUGCAAGGCGUCAAUCGUCCGCGUCCACACUGCUGGUGUGCGGCUGUCCAGUGACCUGUAAGGGACCGUCCGCUGCAGGUUCAGUUCUGCAUCUGGUUUCUAGCAUCUGGUUAUUACGCGUCUGAUUAUUGCGUGCGUACGUCGACAAGUGCCGCUUCUAACACCGCCCGUACCGUGUGUUUGAGAACGCAGCGACUCCGACGACGAUAAAUUUACGUUCGGCACAACCCCCUGCAGACUGUCAGUCCUCGCAGCCUUAUGGUUCGUCUUAAGUGGUUCUCUUCUACUGCAGGGACGUGGCUGGUGAGCCUCGGACGUGAACAAAAAAACAGAGCCGCCGGAAUAAUGUGACCAGUUCAUUUCCCAGUUCCAUUUCUUUCUGCGCUACCUCAGCGUCCCGAGCAGCGCCCGGUCUACGUUAUCAACCGUAGUAGUCGCUUCGAUGAAAGAAAGCAUUACAUUAUCACCCGUCCGAGUUAGCAAGGGAGGCAAGUUGAACGGUCGAUUGCAAAGCUAUGGGGCAAAAGUGCUGCCGGAGUUGCUGUUUGUAAUGUCAGUUCGCGAACAACGCGAGACAUCUACUCCGCACCGCGUUGCUCCAGACUGAAAACAAAAAGGUUGCCCAGACAUACCAGUAAUUGGUCUGCCUUUCUGGCCUUCCCGUUUUCGAGAUUUUGACUCCAGUCCUGCGCCAAGUCGAAGCGAAGGCUGCACGUCUUUGUGAGGGCGCGAUGACACCGCGAGAACGCGGAUGAACGCGGGCAGGUUGGACGGACGCUGCGCAAUGACGCUGGUGCUUGCUGCUCUCAAGCAAUUGUCGGCGAGUUCACCUGAUGGAUUUGUCCACCAGCUCGUGAAGUAGAAACUGAGGCGCCUUCACACAAGCCACCGCUCUUUUUUUUUUGAUGGUGUGGGUGGGCCCAUUCGCCCAGCGGCCCAGCCCAGGGAGCAAGAAACGUUCGGAAUGAGAAACUCCCCGUUGGUUUUAGCGCGAGCGGGCGACCAGUUAACGUGACAGUGAGGAAAGCGUGGGUGACCAGCACGGAGUGGAGUGCGUCGAAAAGCGACAUCUUGUGGAGCAGGGCGUAAGGUUUACGACUGUGCGCUGGGCUGCCAUGGCAACUGUCGUGACACGGCCACUGUUUUUCGCAGCCGUCAGACAGCGGUGCCACGUGAAGGGUUCACAAUUGCCUGGAACGUCCGCGGCGUUAUAAGACCGGACCAAAAGGCUGAAUUUCUUUUGAAUUUAGCGCCCCUGCCCCACAUUGAGUUUGUGCCGCAGCGCGAUCAUCGGUUCGCGCUGGAACGCUGGACAUAUAGCGGCGCAGAGACCUCGUUCCCGACCAGAGAGAUCUCGAUAGAGGCAACGCGCACCAGCGUACAUACAAUAGGAUUUCGAAGCACGCGAGUGCUCGAAAUUUACCCGUGGUUCUCCACCACGGUCCUGUCACAAACGCUGUUUGGUGACAAAAGGCUGAAGCCUACAAACUUCCGUCUCAUGCAGAGCAGGCCUUGCGAUAUCCCCUCCCUUCCCCGUAAAUCAUGUCAAACAGUGUGUCUUGGAGAAUGAGUGCGUACGCCUGUAAAUAGCUGGAGUGAAUGAAAGCUCUAGAUGCGAGGAAGGAAAUAGUAGAAGGAAACGUUGGAAAUAAAAGCUUAGCGCCUGUA